UGUUGAUGAGUCACACGGAACCCAUCAAUGUGGGAGUUGCACUUGAACCAGUACAAAAGGGGAGUGUUUUGUUUAUUAUGCUAUUUUGCGUCAGUGAGUUAGUGAAUUAUUUAGCAAUCGCCUCAAGGGGACGUCUAUAAAACCGGCGAGGAAAGUAGACGAUAGUAAAACAAUCUAAAAAGGAUAGAGGACCUAUUUAAGUUGGUGGCAUUACAAGUCAAGAGUUUGAUAGCGAGCACUCACCGAAAUACCCACCAUGAAGUUACUGAUGUGGGGCCAGUGUCUUGGUGCUCAGUUCGUCUUAUUUUGGGUUCUGGAGUUUGGGGCGGGUGUUAAUUCUGAUGAAUUAACUCUACCACAAGAUGUGCUGCAGCAGCAAAUAGAAGAUAUUCCUUCUGACGUCCUAGAAGCAUUUCGGAAGAAAGGUAAAGAUAAACCAAAGCAGACAAAUCGGCCACGUCAUACUGGGGUCUCGUAUAUUGCACCACGUGGUUUCAUACCAAACAGUGAAUGUGUGGGAUUUUCUGGCUGUGGAUCAGUGCCUCCUGAAUUGGAUUUCCCACCUGGCCAUCCAAGUGCAAACAACAUCGAGAAUAUUUGUCUUUAUGGUAGUAAGCGGCCUACAUAUGGACAAGAUAGUUUGCCACUAACAGGAAUGAGUCAUCUCCGCAGGCAGGGUAAUGCCAUUAACCAAAUUGAAGCUGGUUUUGCAAACUGCUGCCUUAAACCAGAUAAACUCAAGUGUGCAGAAGAAGUGUGGGAUUCCGCUUUGAAAGCGUUCUGUGAGGAAGAAUUUGCUAUAAAAACCAGGCAUUACCACUGCUGCAAGGAAAACAAAUCCUCUGAGAGAGCUGCCUGCUUUGAGAAAGCUGCACCUUCCCCAAAUUAUGAUCUUCGAAGUUCAGAUGUUGCAGCAACAGAAAAUAAAGAUGAGCAUGUAGUUGAAGUUACCAUAGAAGGCCCACUUUGCAUGAUGUCAGCUGAUAAAUGUAUCAAACAUAUUCAUAUGAAAGGCAGGAAGCCUACAUUUCCUGGGAUUAGCUUUCCACCAGGUGAACCCACACACAGUAACCUGAAGAACAUUUGUAAGUUACAGAAGCUACGCCCACGUUAUACUAAGGCUUCCAUGCGAAAUGUGCAAGUGGAUGCAAUCCGUCGUCAAACUGCUGCUCUCAACCAAGUGGAACAUGGAUAUCGGAUGUGCUGCAAUGGUACAGAUGUCCUAACAUGUACCAAGGAGAAGUGGAAUAACGUAUUGAAGAAUUUCUGUAAAAAGGAGACGUCCAUAAAGACCAGUUGGUAUCCAUGCUGUAUAGAUAAGCCAGACAGAAUAAUGACCUGCUUUUCAAAAGCUGCUCCAUAUCCAAACUAUGAUCGUGAGAUUCAGAUUAUUGAUGUGAGGACAGACAUCAAUGCUUCACAUGGGAAUAUAUUUUGUGGACGUUUUAAACUGUUGUCAAAGGAGUUUCCAGUAUCAGUACUUGUUCAGGGAAUCCGAAAGAAUUGCUGUCAUGUGAUGGAUGAUAAGAUAGAGCAGUGCAUUAAAAAUGAGAAAGAGACACUACCUGAGACAUUGUGCAGAAGGAGUGAUCAGUCAGAAGUAAAAUCUGGGAAGUACUGGAGACGUUGUUGUUCAGAGAGGGCAAGAGAGACAUGCUUCAGUGAAAGAUUCCUCAGCAAGGUGACCGUGGCCUUUCCCCAGAAAAAUAACAUUGUAUGAAUAAUGGAUUUUGUGGGAGCAGAUGUUAACAUCUGUAAAUUUCAGUUACUUACUUUUGCACUAGACUCAAAUGUAAUCUUUUAAAGGUGCCAUUUAUGCUUAUAAUUGUUCCAGUUAACCCCAUAAGCAAAUCAGAAGCAAGAGCAACAGAGUUUCAGAUGAUAUUAAAGUAAUAAGGUAGCUUUGUGCUAUUAUAUUCAGUAUAGUAAACAGAUUCAUUUUCUUACCAGGCUUCCAGGUAGUUCACAUAUUGCUAAUAAUUGUUUGCGUUUAUGAUAGUGUAGGUAAUAUGCCAAAUGGAUAAAUAAUCAAGGACCAGCAAUGUAACACACUUUUGUUCCUGCUACCUUCCAACAUCCUGGCAGAGAAAAAAAUUAAAGGUAAUUUCAUUUUGGCAUCUGACUUCCAGGAAAAGUAAUGUAUGAUAGAUUAAUUACCAUAUGUACUGAAGUGUCAGUUGUUAAAUAUGCUUUGUUUUCUUAUGUGACAGAAUAUCUAACAAAAAUGCCAGAUUGUUAUAUUGUUUCACCCAUUAAGGCAAACAUAACUAUUUUAUUACUGUUAACAAAUGUAAACUAUGAAAUGAGUACAAUAAAUACAAAUCAUUGUAACAUU